AUGGCAUCUGAUCCAGUCGCUUCCCGUGCGGAGCCUAUCAUGUCUCAUAUGAACAGAGAUCAUAAGGAUUCAAUGAUUGCCAUUGUAGCACAUCGUAUUCCAUCCUUGCCACAUCCACCAAAAAGUGCAAAAAUGAUCUCGAUCGAUGCAAACGGCUUCACAUUAGAAUACAAACUGAUCACAAGCUUAUUCUGGAACCCAAGUGGAGAAAAGAAGAAAGUAAGAGUACCAUUUUCACCCAUUAUCAAAGAUCAAACUGAAGUUCGACAAAGGAUUAUCGAUAUCGCAAAUGACGCAGAACAAAAACGUAAACGUAAUUAUCCUGUCAAGUAUAGCGUACCAAGAGAUUUACCUAUUUGGAUCCUCUUACAUGCAAGUAUGUUCUUUAUCGCCAAUCCCGAUGCAUUCAAAACAGUUUCAGCAAAAAUUCCAUUCGGAGCAUCAAUCUUACAAUCAGUCUUUGAUCAAAUCAGAUCUCGAUUGCCAAACGGUGCUGCUUCUAUGGCUUGGCUGCAUCGAUGGAUCGUUCGUGCUCAUUUGGGUGAGGCUGCAUUGAUGGCCUUUUACUCCUACACCCGUGGAGCACGAGGACUUGUUUUGAUCCAAUGGGUAUUUACACAGUUUGUUGUCGGAUUCACAACUUUCUUCAACUUUAACAAGAUCAAUGCUUCCGUUCCUGCAAGAGAUGCUGCAAGCGGAAAACAUUAA